GCCGAGCGAGGGAAGGGGCAGAGGAGACGUCGGCGAAGGGAACCGCGGCGGGAGACGGCGGAGGCCCCGAGAGCCGGCUGCUCAGCUCGCCUCCUCUCUAGAAAUGCCCUUCAAAGGAUUAUAUAAAACACUGCGGGUGCUGUGAUGCCUGAAACUGCGCAGAGGGACUGCUUUCUGAAGCGGUUUUUAGGUGUCAAAGACCCAGUUGGCCGUUGCAAGGGGCGAAACAAAUCGAUGCAAGAGCCCUGGCAGUGGACUGAGAUGGAUUGGCUGUGACAACCUGCUGGUGGAGGGGGGAGGGAGUGGGGAGAGUGAUGAUGAAGAGUUCCUGCCGAGCUGGCCUCCACCGGGAACUGCUGAGUUCUACAUCCUCCACCUUCCACCCAGUCAAACGGAUAUCUGGAAUGCACUUAAAGCCGUAUCUCAAGUUACAGAAGAAAGAGAGAUCUUUUGAAAUAAGCCCAGACUCUCCACGAAGCCCACCCAUGAAUGAGCAGAGAUUGGCAAAAGAGGAAAAACCGAGGAGCCCCAAGCCAAGAUUUUUACCCAAUCCCCCCCUUUGGAAACCGCUGGGGAACCUCUCUUCCAAUACACGCUAUAGUAGGAACAGCAACCAAAGCCAUGUGGAAGGACCCUGGGUCAAAGAGAGGAGAGCUACCCCACCUGCCACCAUCCAUCAGGGGGAAGAUGAGGAGGAACUGCUGGAUAUCUGGGCAGUUGUGAAGCCAGGGAACACAAAAGAGAAAAUUGCCUUCUUUGCAGCCCAGCUAUGUAGUGACACCCGAGUACUCUCCAUGAAGAACAAAAGCACCUGGGACAUAGAUGGGCGAGCAACCAAACGCCGGAAAAAGUCGCUAGAUAUCAAAAAGGCAAAGAUCCACCUGGAAAGGAUGAGAGAGGCCAAUGGGAGGUGCUACCAGCCUGAGCCAUUUGCCUGUGGCAUUGAGCACUGCUCUGUACAUAAUGUGAAUGAUGGUGGUGAGGGGGGGUUCCCUGGCCGACCAUUAUCCGUUGUUGAGAUGGUUGCUUUCCUGGAGCAAAGAGCAAGUGUUUUGCUGGCCAGCUGCACCAGAAACUGUCCCAGUGCCUCUGCUGUGCCCAGGUUUGCCGGGCAACCCAAAGCUGCCCCUUCUGCUUCUGGAUUCUUUUCUGACUUCAGGGCCUGUGAGCUUCGGCCUGAAAAGCCACCCUGUGGCAGUCAUGGUGUAGAGCAGCAGGCUGAGCCAGUGCGUGUCUUGGAGAUGGUUGCAAAGCUUGAAUCAGAGUGCCUGAGGCGCCAAAGUGAACGUGAAGCAGGGAGCUUGUCUAGAAACAGUAGCUUCCGGCGGAAUGUAGGGCGAGUGCUCCUGGCAAGUGGAAUACUGCCAGAGAAUGAGUCUGACAAGGUAUCAUCUCUGGUCCUCCACCAGGAAGAACGUAGUGGGGAGGAGGUUGGGUGGGGAUCAAAGCACAGUGGUUCAAUGGAAGAUAACUUAUGGGAAGGUCCCUCUUCUGGCCAGUCUUCCUUUGAUGAUUCUCUUGAAGGGAACCAUGAUCUUACACAUGGGCAGGGAACCACAUCUGUCAACUGGUAUGAUUCUCAAAACACCACUGAGUCACAACCCUUUACGUAUCCAGAAGUUGUUCAGACAUCUCCACAUUUCUUAUAUAACAAAUCUUCAUCAAUUGAACGUACACCAAAAGAGUCACUAGAUGCUCCUAAUCUGAAUUCAAAUGUAAGAGUGAGUGAAUCCCUGAAUAUUAGCAUAUCUGUCAGCAAGAUAGAUCAAAAUUGUAGAAAAAACCAGUCUUCUGACACAAGCUUUGUUGAAGAUUCUCUUCCAGGAAGACUUUUCUUGCUUUUAUCCAAAUGUGAAAUCUCCCAAGAGUGCCUGCAGUCAGUGGAGACUCCUACAGAAGAAUGUCCAGCAGGGACCCAAGGAAAGGAAGCUUCCCCUGCAGACCAAGUUUGUAUGAGAAGCCAUGUUUCAGGUGACUGCCCUGAUGUUUCCUCAGAGAAUGCACUGCAGAUCCUUGACUCAUCUCAUCUAAAGAGGCAAAGGUCUCAUGACUUUUUGGAAACCAGGUUUAAGAUCCAGCAACUUUUGGAGCCCCAGCAAUAUCUGGUCUUUCUGCCCCACCACAUUAUAGUGAAGAUAUUUGGCUUGUUGCCCACCAAGAGUCUGGUGGCACUCAAAUGCACUUGUGGAUAUUUCAAAUUUAUCAUUGAGUACUACAAUGUCAGGCCAGCAGAUUCACGCUGGGUUCGUGAUCCACGCUACAGAGAAGACCCUUGCAAACAGUGCAAAAAGAAGUACACCAAGGGUGAUGUCUCUUUAUGUCGGUGGCACCCCAAGCCCUAUUGCCAAGCUUUACCUUAUGGCCCUGGGUACUGGAUGUGUUGUCACAGAUCCCAAAAGAAUGUCCCCGGAUGCAAGCUAGGCCUUCAUGACAAUCAUUGGGUCCCCGCCUGCCAUAACUUUAAUCGUGCGAUUCACAAGAAAUCCAGGGAAAUAGAUGAGGACUGUUAGCACAUUCUGCACGUCUUUUGGGAGCCUCAAUCCUGGGUAGGAGGAGAAUUCCACGCCUUGUGAUGUUUACACUGUAUAUAGUUUGUGGGUGGUUUUUCUUUCCCUCUUCCACAGGGCUACGAAACUGCACAUACUUUAAGUCACAAAGGCCUUUUUACCUUUUAGAGAAAAGAUUGUGUUUAGCCCAUCUGUGUACAUAAGUGCUCUAGAAUAGCCUCGUCUUGGGUGUCUGACAGCCAGUUGACCAACAUCAAAGUGCUACAACGCAGUACCCCAGUGUUGUGGCUACAGUCCUGUGUUUUAAAAGUGUCUCGUUUUCAAAUCUGUAUAUCGUGUAUAAAAUAUACAUUUAUAUAUAUGUAUAAAUAUAUAUAAAUAUAUAUUAACAUUGUUUCUGAAAAGAAACUCUAAAUAUGUAAAAGAUCAAUCUUCAAAAAGGAUGGUUUAACUGGACAACCUUAAAACUAGACUAGAACACAUAUUUGUUAUAAUUUUAGGGUGGCAGCAAGCAAAAGAAGACUGUUCUCAUAGAGCAGAGGACUAAGAAAAGCUGUGGUCUGUUGCAUCCACCUUACCUUGGGUUUUUUUUUUUACUUAAUAAAAUGCAUUCUAAAUCUGUC